AUGUCCACCUCAGACCUUGAUCCUUUAUCCAUUGCCAAUGAAUGGCUUCAGCGCCUCAGCAUCGCUGGAGAAAGCAAAGAUGUUCAGGCAUUCGUCGACCUCUUUGUGCCUAACGGCUGGCUCAGAGAUUUCCUCUGCUUUUCUUGGGAUUUCAGAUCGCUUGCAGACCACUCAAAGAUUGCUGCUUAUCUCUCAGAGAAAGUUGAGAACGGGACGCGUUUCUCAGAAGCAGGCCUACAUGACAUCAAAUUGGAGACCACGUCAACCCUCGGCGGUCCGAGUGUCUUCCCCCUUCCGCUUGAUCCAACCUCAAAUGGCGUUCAAGCCACGUUCGAAUUCUCCCUUCUGUCUCCUCCUCGCAGAGGUCGUGGCUUUGUCCGGCUUGUGCACGGCCCAGAUGCGCAAUGGAGGGCUUUCACUCUGUUUACGAGUCUUGAAGACAUCAAGGGUCACGAAGAGCCUCGCGGACGUCCACUGGGUAUAUAUCCCGAACUUGCUACAUGGGAGGAGGUUCGUGCCGCGAAUGCGUCGACGAUUGAGAGUGAUCCCACAGUUCUCGUUGUCGGUGGAGGCCAGACCGGCCUCCAGUGCGCAGCCAGGCUAGGACGUUUGGGGAUUCGAGCCCUUGUGGUAGACAAAAACGCUCGUAUUGGAGAUCCAUGGAGAAAUCGAUAUUCCAGUCUUACGCUUCAUAACUCAGCAAUCUACUGCGCCUUUGCCUAUCAGCAGUGGCCUGACACGUAUCCACAAUACAUACCUAAGGAGAAGGUGGCAGAUUUCGUGGAGGCAUACGCGAUAUUUCAAGAGUUAACAAUAUGGACAUCAAGUAUCGUCCUCCCUACACCCACCUAUGACCCCAUCACCAAGAGAUGGACAGUCACGAUCGAGCGCAAAGGCGAGGAAAUCACUCUGACUCCGAAGCAUAUCAUCAUGUGCACCGGCACCACCGGGAAACCAUAUGUACCAGAAAUGAGGGACGUGAAUAAGUUUAAGGGCAUUAUCUAUCACUCAGACCGACACGAUAGCGGUGCGCAGCUGAAGGGAAAGCGCGUUGUUGUAGUCGGCGCGUGCAACGCCGGCCAUGAUAUUUGCGCUGAUGCCGUAGCCAAAGGCGCACAGAGCGUUACAAUGCUGCAGCGUAGUGCCACGUGUGUGGCGUCUGUACAUACAAUUAACAAGGCUCUCGGCGACAUGGGUUAUAACGAGAAGCUCGCCAUCGACGACGCUGAUUUUGCAAGUCAGUCUUUGCCACAAUUGCUCACUUUGCAGGUGUCCGCCGGCGGUGUCACAGCGCAGAUCAAAGAGGCUGAUCGGAAGAUGCUCGAAGGCCUGGAGAAGGCUGGGUUUCGUUUAAAUUGGGAGCUAACACCUGGAGGCGGAGAGGUUGGUUUAUUAGGCUUCUAUUUAGCCCGGGCCGCGUCGGGUUCAAUGGUGGACAUGGGAUGUGCACAGCUCAUCAUUGACGGCAAAGUCAAGGUGGAGCAUGGUGAGAUCAAUAGCUAUGAGAGCGACGGGGUUGUUCUCGGGGAUGGUUCGAAGCUUCCGGCAGAUGCUGUUGUCUUCGCCACCGGAUAUCACCCGCCCAUUAACAAUUUGACUGCAAUAUUUGGUGACGAGAUCACGAAUAAGAUUGGGCAGCGCGUAUGGGGAAUGGACGAUGAAGGCGAGAUGAUGAAGGCUUAUCGCCCGACAGGCCAGGAGGGCCUUUGGAUAGGGAUGGGAGCAUUCGUGUUCGCUCGCUUCCAUAGCAAAUACCUGGCUCUCCAGAUCCUCGCCCAGGAGCUGGGUCAAAGUAAAUAA